AUGCGUACAAUAUAACUAGUUCCUUUUCAGCUAAUCUAAAGCUAAAAAUCACCAAAACCCUUUAAAAAGCCUUUUUAAACAUUUUGUGUCCAGGCAAAUAGAUACUUAAAAUUUCAAUCUCAAGAAUACAGUACUUUAAAAAUUUUAAAAAGAUUUGAUAAACAACCUCUUCUGCUGUACGACAUAAGUUCAGCAUGACUUCUUAUCUUGAAAACACGUUAUGAUAAAAAAAAUAUUCUGUGUUUUAAAUGUUAUAUUAUGGUUUUAUUUUUUGCUUAUGUUGUGAUCAUAUGUGCAAGGUGUUUGUUUUGUUUUCUAAUUAGCAUUGAUUUCUAUACUUUCAUGUUGACCAAAAUUCCUGUAAUUCGUUUGGAAAACGAAACGAUAUCAGUUUUAGCCAUUAGCCCUGAAUAUACUGGACUUUUUUCAGGCCUAUAUGAGAGAUGGCUGAUUCCUUAUCCUAAUGAAAUUAAACUGGAAAAGUGGUGGUAUGUCAUUAAAGGGGUAAAUUUUAUGCUGAUCUCAGCACUGUCUGAAGCUUAAGAUUGUCUGUUAGGAAAGUUUCUGUUAGCCAGGUUAGAGUUUUGUAGCAUUAUUCUCUUGUUUUUUACCUUGUGUCAGAUGACCAAAUUCGAAAAAUCACUUGAAAACCCAUUUUUCGGAUGUAAUUCUUCCCAGCAUAUUUCGAGUUACUGCAUUUCCAUCAAAGAAGCUGGAGAAAUAUAAUUCAAAAAUAGUGGAUACAUAAAUAUUCUUGGAACAACACUGUAUGUUAAGGAUUUACCCUUUUAACAAAAACAUCUAGGUUGGUUAAAGUACUUUUAUACAAUGUACUUUUAUAGUAAAAACAAAACAAACAAAAAAUGGCAAUGAUACAUAAGAUGAAGAUCAUGGGUAUUAGAAGUUAUUCACCAGAAGGAAGUGUAAUUGAAUUCCAGACACCAUUAACCAUUAUAGUUGGACAUAACGGUACUGGUAAAACGAGUGUUAUUGAAAGUUUAAGUUAUGUGAUAACUGGAGGUCUACCACCUGGAUGCAAAAAUCAAGCCUUUGUUCAUGAUCCUAAGCUUGCUGGUAAAAAAGAAGUAAAGGGUCAAGUAAAACUUGUAUUCACCGAUAUUACUGGAAACAAACUCACUGGUCAAAGAAGCCUGAUCUCAACAGUAAAGGAUAAAAAAGUCGAAACUAAAUCUAUGGAUGGUGUUAUUGUAAAACGUACAGCUAAUGGAGAGCGUGCAAGUACCAACUGUCGUGCCACAGAUUUUUCAAGAGAGAUGAUAUCAAGAUUGGGCGUGUCUAAAGCUGUUCUUGAAAAUGUGAUAUUUUGUCACCAAGAAGAGGCGAAUUGGCCACUUAGUGUGGGAAAGGUUUUAAAACAGAAGUUUGAUGCAAUAUUUGCUGCAACACGGUACAUCAAAGCUUUGGAAAGUAUACGCAAUGUAAGAAAAGAACAGGGUAAGGAGGUAGAAAAAUAUGACGCAGAACUUGUAUAUUUAGAACAGAACAAAGAAAAAGCUAAAGAGAUAACACAGGAGUUAGAAAAAGCGGAAUUGCAGGUAGCUGCAUCAAAAAAGAAGAUCAAGAAGAUUAAAACAUCUUCAAAACCUUAUGAAGCAAAACUUGCAGAACUUUCCUCUAUUUCCCAAGAAAUAGCUGAUAUUGGGAAGAGAAUUGAAACAAAUCAGAUAACUAAAGAUCAGCUGUUAAAGAAUGUUGCAGAACUAAAAAACAAAAUUGUCAACAAGUUUCAAGGAACUUACAAAAAAUUGAAAGAAACUGCAUUGAAGCAUGAAAGUACUCUUGAAAAAAGACAAAUAAAAUUAGAAAGUCUGGAAAGUAUGUCGAACAUUCUUUGCAAGGAAAUGGACAAGCUGGCUAAAACUAGAAUGAACUUAAGAGAAGAAAGUGUUAAACUUCAACAAGAAGCAGAAACUCAACAAAAGUAUGUCAAAUCUAGAGACAGAUACAUUAAAAACUUUUCAAACGAAUAUGACGUACAAGGAUUUGAGAGUGGCCAGUACUCACCAGAAGAAGUUGAUCUCUUUUUAAAAAGAUUGGAAGAAAUUCACACUGUUAUGGAAAGUGAAGGCAAAAAGACUCAAGAACUAGACAACAGCAAAAUAGAUAAAGUUGAAACAUCGAUUGGACAGCUUGAAAAGUCACUGCACAGACAUGAAGGAAUAAUUGAACAAAAACAAAAAUUGAUUGAAUCUAACACAACAAAACUAUUAAGCAUCAAUGAUUCACUCAACUCUCUGGCUACUUCUGAAAAUAGUUUGCAAAAUAUUGAAAAGAAGUUGGAGAAGGCAACAACAAAUUUGGAGGACUUUGAAAAUAAAUUUAACUCUUCGCAAGUUAAAGACGAAGUAAAUGAUUUGAUGACCAGGAAAAAGAAGGAAGAUGCCAUUUUGAAUCAGUUGCGUGAAAAAGAAGACAUAAUGAUCCAGCAAUCUAAAUCGCAAACCAAAGUAGACAUGCUUAACAAUAACAAAGCUGACAAAGAAGAUACAAUACAAGAAAUAUUGCGAAAACACAAAGAAAGUUUAGAAAGCAUAUUUGUGUCUUGCCCACCUGCAUCAGAGUUGAAAAAGAAAUUAGAGGAGUUCCUGCAAUCUGAACAUUCCAAACUUUUGCAAGCUUCGCAGCAGUACGACAAAAUAAUUCAAUCCAUAACUGAAAAGGAGACUGAAAAAAAGAUGCUGCGAGAAGAAAUCCAAAAAAAGGAAGAGAAAAUGUCAGAAUCAAAAGCGAAGAUUCAUCAAACAUGUGCUGAAAAUGAUUACAAUGAAUUUCGAGAAUUGGUUCAGAAAAGAACAGAGAAAUACAGCAGUGCCCUUUUCGAAAUUGAUGCAUUUGAAAGAAUCUAUGAAAAAUACAUACAGCAGCUUCAAGAUGAUGAAGUCAAAGAGAAGGGAUGCCCACUAUGUCAUAGGAAGUUUGUUUUACAAAACAGUGUUAAAGAACUGGUCGAAGAGUUAAGCAACAAAUUAAUCCAUGUUCCUGAGAAAAGAAAUAAAAACCAGAUUGCAUUGGAUAAAGAAAGAAAACUGAAUGAGAAAUUGAUGGAUUUAGCACCUGUGAAAUCUGUUGUUGACACUCUUCUGAAUGAACUACCUCUUUUUAAAGAAAAAGUUGGUGAUCUAACAAAGGAGAUCGAGAAAGAAAGACAGAAUCUGACUAAGAUCGAAUUAACAAAGAACUUAGCUGAGACUGCACUGAAAAUUGCACGUUCAAUGGAGUCUGAUAUGUCUGUAUUGGAUAAUCAUCUUUCGCAAAUACAAGAUUUUGAUAUCCAGCUAAAUCUCGAAAAUAGUAAAUUAUCUGGUGUCACAAGUGGUAAAACAAUGCAAUCAUUACGUGAAGAGGUUCAAGUAAAACAAAGUCAAGUUGAUCAUUUGAGUCAAAACAUUGGACAAAAAAAUGAUCAGCUGAUGGAAUAUGAGAAACAACUAUCUCUGCAGAAUAAAAGUAUUAAUGAAUUGACAUCUCAGAAACUAAGUCUGCAGUCAGAACUUCAGCAAAGUCUUCAGCUACAAAAGCAAAAAGAAGAAAUAUCAUCUGCUGUACAAGCAUAUAAAAAAGAAAUUAAGCAAGCAACUGGUCAAAUACGGCCUCUUAACGCUCGCAUUAAAAAAGAACUUAAAAAGAAAAAACAAGUUAUCUUAAAGAAAGAAGAAAAUGAGAAAGUAACCAGAGACAAGUUGGAAAGAAUAAGAAAUUAUAAAACUAGCAUUUCUAGUUACACAAAAGAUAUUAAUAAAUUCAUCACUUCAGGAAAAGGCACGGCAGUGGAUGAUAAGAAUGAGGAAAUUGAAAUAAUUGAGCAACAGCUAAAACAGAAAAAAAACGAAUUAAGGGAAAAAACGAGUGAGAUUGAUAGUAUUCGAGAAGAACUUUCACAAAAAGAGUUGAGAAAGAGGGAACUUGAUGAUAAUAUCCAAUUAAUAGAAACAAAUAAAGAAAUACAAAAACUUGAUGACAGCAUAAAGGAGUUGGAAAACCAGUUAAGCGAGUAUGGUGUUCACCAAAAUGUAGUUGAUGAGUAUUCGACAUGUCAACAAAUUUUAAAUGAGCAUCAUAAAGAUUGUGCAAACCUUGAAGGUCAAUUGAAAGGGUUUGAAGAUGAAGUAUCACGUUGUAAGAGGGAAUUAAAUAGCAGUUUAUAUGAGAACGCUGAAAAAAAACAUUGUGAUAUGAAGAUUGACAUUCGAACUACAGAACUGGUUAAUAAAGACUUAGAUAAGUAUUAUAAAGCUUUGGAUAAAGCUAUCAUGAAAUAUCACAGCUUAAAAUUAAAAGAAAUAAAUAAAAUUAUUAAAGAGUAUUGGAUGAAAACUUACAAAGGAUAUGAUAUUGACACCAUCGAAGUUGUUGCUGAAGAUGAUGAUGAUGGAAGUGGAGCUUCAAAAGCAAGAAGAUCAUACAAUUAUCGCGUUUGUAUGAUAAAAUCAGAUAAAUAUCUUGAUAUGAAAAGCAGGUGCAGUGCUGGUCAAAAGGUACUAGCAUCUAUCAUCAUUCGUUUGGCACUUGCUGAAACGUUUUGUCUCAACUGUGGGAUCUUAGCGCUGGACGAACCUACCACAAACUUAGAUGAAGAAAACAUUGCAAGUUUAGCAAGCUCACUCCGAGAGUAUGUUAAAUUUAUUUUAUUGUUAAUUUCAUUCAAAGAUGUCUUGAAAAGAAUUUCAUUUUUCUUUAGUAUUAUAGAAGUUCGUAGGCAACAAAGGAAUUUUCAAUUAUUAAUCAUCACCCAUAAUGAAGAGUUUGUACAGGCCCUUGGUAGAUCAGAUUUUGUUGAGUAUUAUUUCCGUGUAUACAAAGAUGAAGAGGGGUAUUCAAGAAUCCACAAAUUGAGAAUGGUAGAUAAAGAAUAACGAAGAAGCUGGUUGGUAAACAUCCUGUGGUGUUCCCGAUAAUCUUAACAAAAUAGAAUGACGUUUCCAACAAAUGACAAACUGUACUAGUUUUUUUUAUUUGUUUGUUUGUUUGUUUGUUUGUUUGUUUGUUUGUUUGUUUGUUUGUUUGUUUGUUUGUUUGUUUGUUUGUUUCUGUAUUUUGUGACUUUUUUUUGUUUUAGUUUUAAGAAUUUUUAUUUAAUAAAUGAUUCUGUAGAAAUAAUUAUUUGGUUAUCAAUUUGUAAAUGCAUUUUUAGUUGCACAUAAAUUCAUUUUGUAGGUACUAUUUUUAGCAGUAAAUUUAUAAAGUAAUCUGGGAAAUAUUAUAAGUUGUAGUUUUGUAAAUUCAUUUUUAAGGUAUUUUAUAUUAUUUUAAUUUUUUUUGCACAUUACAUCAAUAUAUUGCAGAUAAUUGAUAAAUAUUGCAUAAGAUCGUCACAAUAUAAUGAUAUGG